AUGUCAGAGUUGAGCGAUGAGGCGAGUGAAUCGGAGCAGUUUGGUGUCAACCUCUCCCUGUGGCUAGCACUUUAGUACGACCUGAGGAAUUGGAUGUACCACUCGACCUCCACACUGCCUGCUCCAUUGGCCAGUAUGAUGUAGUAUCAGAGUGUAUUAAAAAGUGAGUACCUCAUCAAUAUUGAAUUUGGUGUGUGUGAGAGAUGCUUCUCACGACAUUCAUUGAUAGUAAUGUGAUACUAUGUCUUUUUAGAGUGGAUGUGAACCUGGACAGAAAGAACAUUGGUGGCUGGACUCCUCUGAUGUAUGCCUCAUAUUGGGCAUGACAACAUUGCUAAUCUCUUGCUGGGGGAUGAAGUGAACGUCAAUGCCACAACUGGCAAAGGCCUGACACCCCUUAUGCUGGCAGCGAGCUGUGGGAAUGAAAGCACUGCAUACAUCCUAAUGCAGGUAAGAUUUACUUCAAUGAAUCAAAUAUUGUUCAAUUUUUUACUUCAAAUAAUCCUCAGUUUAGGUUGACCGUUAGUGUAAUGGGUGGUGGUGGUGUUGUACAUUAUGAAAACAUUUCUCCCAAAAGCAUGGUGCUGAGUUGGAGCUGAAGGACUCUCGAGGCUGGACAGCCCUGCUCCAUUGCACCAGCACUGGCCACCAGCCAGUUCCUGCUGCACAAUAAUGCCAAUGUCAAUGUAAAGUGAGUAUCUUCAGUUCAUGAAUACAACCACAACAAUCUAUAUCCAACUACUCAAUCAUGAGGUGUGUAAUGACACGUUUCUCACCUGCAGAGAGCAAAGGUCUGGCUUCACUCCGCUGAUGAAGGCUGCUGCUUCUGGACAUGAAAUCAUUGUGCAAAACCUCCUUGACCAUGUCAGUACAUUAUUGUUUGCUAGUAUUUACAGUACUGUCAUUUUCAUAUGUUAGACUCAAAUAUGUACCUGAUUCAAAUCCAUUAAAGGAGUAUUAAACCUAGUUUGUAUAUGAUAACUCGUCUCAGGGUGUCAAAGUAGAUGAGCGGAACGCCAAAAGAGAGACCGACUGUGCGCUGACUAUGAUGUAUGGCCACACAAAUAUCGGCAGCCUCAUUGACAUGCGCUCUCCUUACUUACUAAGAAGAUUACUCUUUCAAUCUGAUACUUUUUUUAAACCAAAAUACCUUUGAAAAUAUUGUGGUGGAACAGUUCAGGUUCUCAUUGCUCCCACAUUUGCCCCCCCAGGAUACUUUAAGGACCUGAGCUCCUCUGUGGACUCUGAAGGCAGUGCCCCCCCCCCCAGACUGAUUCGUUUGAGUCGCAGCCGAGCCAAAUGCCCCAGCAUCCACGACGGCCCCCAAGCCAUAGCCAAAUUCAGUGGGAGGCCCCAGCAAACACUUUAGAUCAGGGGUUCUCAAACGUUUUGGGGCCGGGGACCCCUUAUGUGAUAGCAAAUUCAUCAGGGACCCCCUCAUAAUCAAAACUCCUUGUAUGCAACAAAAAUAGCUUAUAAGGAGUUUUACUUUGACAGUGCAUGGCCGGACGAACCACAUCUGGGAAGGAUCAUUUUAAAGGCCCGCUUCUUGGCAGAUUUCCUGCAAUUCUACACAUUUUGUCAUGGAACAGAGAGAAAAUACUGUCCUGUUGGACCUUGUUUGAUAUGGCUAUUAUUCACUCAUCCCUAUAGAGCCAGCGGUGACGCCCCCGGGAUACAUUGCAUUCCGUGACGUCGGGGAGCAAAGUGAGGGCAUCUGUUUCCGGGAUGUCACCUCGCCCAUCAACGAGCUGGAUGGCCAGAGCAUCAGCAGCAGAGGUAUGACCACAUAGUUAAACACUAAACCGUUCACCUAUUCACUUAUUCGUCACUAGAUCGUCCUACAACAGCAGAAACUUUACACGUUUCCUCUACAUAAAAACACCAUUCCACCAUGUUACUAAUCCAGCUUCUUUGAUAAGACAUGCCCACCAAGAGGAGCAGCAGUAGCGAGGGUCUCCCCUGUAUGAUCGGACUCUGCCGGGAGGGCUCGCUGGAGAGUAACGAGGUGACCUCACACUGUGACGCAUUCACAUACCAUAAUGGUGUUUCCAAUAAGCCCUUUUGUCCUCCAUCACAAUCACAAUGCACCUUUGUCCUUUUCAGAACUCGGAUCAGGCUAAAAGGAGCUGCUCAUGCCGCACAAACAAGGGUCAUCACGCUAAAGGCAAGGAUCGCCAUGGCAGCAGUAGUGAAAUGGUCCAGCCCGGUAGCCCAGGGAACUGUGGGAUGCGCUCGCCUGUCGGUGGUCCUCCCAACUACGCAGGUCCCAAGGCAAGUGUCAGUGUUGUUGGAUCACAUAAGGUGUCUACACGAUGAAUAAGCAAAGCUAGCCCUAACUCUCCUCCACUUUACACACCACUCAACUCACCAAAACCGUAUUUCUAAACCACUUAAUCUCUCCUCUGGUGGAGGGAUGUCUGAUGGAGGACAAGAUGGCCUGGAUGAGGGUGCACAUGGAGCUGGUGGACAACCACAGGCUGACCCAGGACAUGAAUGCCACGCUGGAAAAGGCUCGUGCCUGCCGCUCCGAGCUCCUGUCUCGCCUCAGCGUUGAUGGCAACGGCAUUCCUUACCACUGCGACAGCAAACUGAAAGGCGAUACUGGUGGAAAAGGUGGGUGGAUGUGA